AUGUUUUAUCAUUUUUUCUUAUUUGUUUUCUCUUUUUUUUUUCAUUUUUUAUUUCGUUUUUUUUUCUCGUUCGUUUUUUCUUUUUUUCACAUUUGUCUUUUUCGUUUUCAUUGUUUUCUCGGUUUUUCUUAUUCUUAUUUGUUUUCACGUUUUUUUUUUCAUCUAGUUUUUUCUCGUUCUUUUUCUCGUUUUCCUCAUUUGCCUUUUACCUUUUUUUCUUGCUACUUUUCUCAUUUUUUUUUCUCAUAUUUCGCAUUUUCUUUUAUUUUUUUAAAUUUUUUUUUCUUAGUUUUCUCGUUUUACGACCAUUAUUGUUUUCUUUUUCGCACUGAUUUUACCGUUUUUUCUUUACCUUUUCCCUUUUUUGCUCUUUCUUUCUCGAUUUUUUCUUAUUUUCUCGUUUUACCUCCUUCCAUUUUUCCUUUUCCUGUUUUUUUUCAUUUUUUCCUCAUUUGUUUUUUUUCUCUUAUCUUUCUAGUUUUUAUUUGCCUUUCCGUUUUUUUCUCGCUUCAUUUUCGUCUCUUUUCUCGUUUUUCUAUGUUUUUUUUUCUUAUUUUUCUUUCUGACAUUCUCGUGUUUUUCUCAUUUAUUUUCCCGUUUAUCCAGGUUUGUUUCUCCGUUUUUCUUAACGAUGUUCCAGAAAGUUUAACAUAA